GAAGAACCAGCGUGUGGCCACCUGCUUAGCGUCGGGGGCGGGGCUAGCGAAGCUCAUUCCAUUCUUUGAUCUCCCAAAGUGAGGAUUUCCUCCCCACUGGCAGGCCAGGAAAAGCUUCUUGCCCAGAGGGAUGGCGAGACCUUUGAUUUCUCAGUACCUGCCUCCUGACAUCGACCCUACCAAAGCUUCCAUUGCCUUUGGACGCCGGGCUCUGCCGAAGCUGAACGAGGAGCUCAAUGGGCCGGAUCUGCUGACUCGGCAGAGGGCCCUCAUGGCCCUGUGUGACCUAGUGCAUGAUCCUGAAAAUGUGUACGAGGCCAUUAGCAUCGGGUUUCUGAGCACCUUGAAACUUCUGCUGAAUGACGCGGACAGCACCGUGAGGCGUAAAACCUUGGAAGUUUAUUACAUCAUGUCUAGUCACAGUGUGGGCAGAGAAGGCUUUUUAAAAAACCGAGUCAUCAUGGCCCUGGCCAAGAACCUGGAGGACCCCGUGCUGUUGUGCCGCAAAUUCUUACAUAUGACCUACGUGAGAUUGGCGCAGGUGCCCAAAGGGGCCCAUGCAAUCAUUGCGAGCGGACUGAUCCCCUAUCUGGUGAGGAAGGUGCAGGUGGAAGUGGAGGAAAUCAAGGAGAUCCUCUUGGACACCCUCUACUACUGCCUGCAAUGGGAUGCAACCCAGGCCCUCCAGAGUGAUGCAGUGCCCAUCCUUCAGCAGAUGCUCUACAGUGGCAACCAGGACAUCCGCAGCAAAGCAGCUCGUGCCAUGAUGGCCUUGUGCAUGCCUCGGGAAGGGAAGAAGACAGUGUGGGAGUACAAUGUCAUUCCUAUCCUGGUGUCGCUAUUUAAUGACUCAAAUAUAGAUGUGUUGGCCAACGUGGCAGGGGCACUGAUGUUUGCAGCGGUGACUACUGAAGGCAAAUAUGCUGCGCUGGAUGCUGGAGCACUCCCAUUACUGCUGAACUUGUUGGACAUCAAUGUUGUCAAGGUGCGCAUAAAUGCUAUCAAAGCACUCACCAUGCUGGCGGAGGCCCCUGAGGGCCGGGUAGAACUGCUGAAGUCAGUGCAGAAGUUCAAGGACCUGCAGCACAGCUCAGUGGCAGCUGUAAGCCGAGCAGCAGCAAUUGCGACCAAGGUCAUCGAGUGGAAGCCCUGAAGUAUCAGCCUCCCUGGAAAAGAGACCCCCAUCUGGUCAGA